GAACAUCGAAGAAUAUUUUUAYGAAACGUUGUUAAAAAUCGACUUGURCGUAGAUUUGAAUUUAUAAAUAUGCGUGAUUGGAUGCCUUAAACUUUUURGUUUMUCURAAGAUGCUCUCAAAGCUGGAUAAAGCUGAAAAGAACCCAAAUGAAGGUUGGAAAGGUCGAUUGAGUUUAGUAAGYUACAGCAGCGAUGAAGAGGACGAAAUUUCUAAGUCGGACUCGCAAGAGGAUGAAGUUUUAUUAUUGGAUACUGGCAGUGAUGAUAAAAAGCACUUAAAGUCUAAUGAUAAUAAAAAUCCACUGGAUUACAGAAAAACCAACUCCUACAAAAUCCCAAAAAAAUCCGUACCAAAAGCUACUACCUUAUCAAAUGGCACAACAACCAGCUCACCAUCAAGUCCAAUGAGCAGCAGUUAUAAUGUAAAGAAAAUGGGCUUUGAAUCUACUUUUUCUCCAACAAAACAUGACUUCAAAUCUCACAGAACCACAAAAAGAAAUAAUAUCAGAAGUAUGUUGUUGCGGCAGUGGAAUUCAGCUAGUCUUAGUCAAAAAGUAUAUAACAAGUCUUCAACACCCAAGCCAAAUUUAAAUAAUUCAAGRUGYAGGAAACAAGAAMGACCRUUUGAAGCUGAUAUUGACAUGAUUAGUGGAGCAAAAUCAYCAAAUGAAAGAAAGUCUCACCAGCAAAAUGAAGAUGAAAAACAUAAUUCACACACAACUAAUGCAUGUACUAGUAGUGGAAGACUAAAGGGGAAUGAUUAUUUCAUAAAAUCAAAUGACAAAGACAUUUUAAGUGCAAUCUCCUUGAGUGAAAGUGAAGAAGAAACCAAAGAUCAACCUGUAGUAUCCAAGGAAACAUUAAAAUCAGUUAGUCAUGAGAACUGUCAAUCAAAUUUAAGCAGUGAUUCACAAGAAGAAGAAAGUGAAAGUGACUCCUCCAGAAGGCACACCUAUCCUUCUUCAAGCACAGUUAAUUCUUGUAAUGAUAACAAUGAAGGAACAACUACUGGUUGUAAUCAUUCAAUUGAGGUAUCGAGAAGGCAUUCAUUCCCAUCAUCUAGUGCAACACCUCGCCCUCCUAUUCAUAAUAUCAAUGAAAAUAACAUUGAAGAUGGCAGUUCAAAUAAGAAGUCUUUUUAUGGGAAUCUGUUGUCCAAUUUUUAUCCAUUCAACAAUAAGACAUCGACAGAGAACAAGACGUUACCAAGCCAGAACGAUAAUGAGAAGAAAAGAAAGUUAACGUGUGGUGAUGAGGAAAGUAAUUUUAAGGAACCCUCGCAGAAGAAAAAGUACCAAAAAAAGUAUUCUAAGACAAGACGAAAGAUAGCACCACCAUCACCAGCCAAAGUUGAAAUAAUAUCAAGUGAUGAAGAAGAGGAAAAAGAAGUAACUAAAAAGCCUGAGGAUCAAUCAUCACCUUCUACUACACUAAAAUCCACACAAGACAUGAAUCCAAACCAAGAGAACAACACAGCAAAGCCUAAAUCAAAAACUGCAAAUGGAGCUUCAUUUGACAGGGACGGUUAUAGAGCAGAGAUCAUUCUUGGACCUAAGAUCUUAUUGGGAAGUUUGGAAGUGGCAGCCAAAGGGACUUUAGAGAUAAGCUUUGAUCAGCUAAAAUGGAAAAUGGAACACAAUGACAAGACAGUGACUAUCCUUGUACAACCUAAUGAGUUCACAGCCCUAAAGAUCCAUGUUGAUGCAGAUCCUAAGAUCAUUGUUCUAGAGGUCACCCAGUGUCUGGCUUUAAGACUAAGAGAAAGAUUCCCAGGCAAUGGAAAGUUUCUUGAUCCAGGAAGUCCAGUUACUGGAGAAAAAGACAUUAUUCUGGAAAUUGAUGACAAUCCAACACAAGAAUCCAUUGCAGAUCUUUCAGAGUGGGUCUCAGACACUCAUGGUAAAGAGUUUGAAGAGCUGAGUCUCGAAGAAGCUCAAAAGUUAAUUGUACGACAUACUUCCCUACCUGGURCCAAACCUCGUACUUAUAACACAAGAUCAACAACUACAUCGAGCAGAACAACAAAUUCAAAUGUUUCACCUACAAAGAUGAUUAUCUACCCCCCUCCCCCWCAGCAUGGCAGUAUAACAGUGACAACUGCUGACCUUGAAUGUCUGGCUCAAGGAGAGUUUUUGAAUGAUGUUAUCAUUGACUUUUACCUCAAGUACAUUUAUCAUGACAUCCUGACAGAGAAAGAMCGAGAAAGAACACACAUAUUUAGUUCAUAUUUUUAUAAACGGCUUACACAAAAAUCAACCAAUGACACRGAAGGUGGCUUAUURAGUUCUGUAGAUCGUAUGCGCAAAAUGCAUGACAGAGUAAAGAAAUGGACCAGAAAUGUGGAUUUAUUUGCCAAAGACUUCAUAGUUGUACCAAUAAAUGAGAGUUCCCACUGGUUUCUUGCAAUUAUCUGCUUUCCUCACCUUGAUGRACCCAUUGAAGAGGAAGAAAUCUUAUCAGAAUCAAAUGAUGCAGAUGAAGUGGACGUAGAAGACACUGACGACUCUGAUUUUGUGUCAACAACAAGUACAAGUAAAAAGAACAGUGCAAAUUUGCCUGUUCUGAAAUCAAACCCAUGUAUUUUAAUAUUUGAUUCGCUUGGUGGAUCAGGAAGAGCAAGAGUUACUUUAAACCUUAGAGGAUAUUUAACAUGUGAAUGGAAGAACAAAAGACCAAAUAAACCAGAGAAAGAGUUCAGUAAARAAAGCAUUAAAGGCACAUUUCCCAAGGUACCUCAUCAAGACAACCAUUGUGACUGUGGUGUUUUUGUACUAGAGUAUGUAGAAAGCUUCUUCAAGGACCCGAUAAAAAACUACCGAGCACCCAUAGAUAAAUCAAAGUGGUUCACGCAGCAGAAAGUCUAUUCAAAACGACAAGAAAUUAAGAAUCUGAUAUACAAAUUAAAGAAUAGAGCAAGUGAUGAAGAGCCAUCUUGUACUGAAGACAAAAGUGACUGAUAAAGACGUCUCGUUAUUGAGACAGCUUUGGUCCAGCACUUCACCCACAUACAGCGUCUAGUAACCACAGUAAAGAAUUGAAAAGUAAGUCAUAGAUUAUGGAUCAUAGAACAACAUACCGUCAUGCAUCGCAGUCGUGGGGUGGUUAUACUUUAUGUGUAAAACCAUACUGCAAUUGAGUCUGAAAAACAGUCAAUUCGCGGCGAUUCUUUAUCCUUGUAAAAWCCACUUCCAUCGUGUCGAUUUAGGACACUGUAUCUUAUAGUAUUUCGAUUCAGAAAUAAAAUAAAAGUAACUUCAAUGUUCAAAAAUAAACAGAAGGCUAAUGUCUACAAAGAUUGAUAAGUGUUUAUCCUGGGUUAAUUCCUAAAGAAUCUUUGAAUUUAACCCUGGAUUAACACUAAUCCUGCUUUGAAAAACUUUGCUUUCAAUCGAAUAAACCCUGGUUUGCACAAGUGACGCAGAUUCCAGUCUAUACACAAAUGCAGACGCAAGAGUGAAACAUUUUUCAUUUUCUUGCGCUAAUUUUUGUAUUUUUAAUUGUGUGAACUUGUGCGUCUGUUUUGCGUGUGUUUGUGUCGCUCUUGCGUCGACAUGUGAAUUGAUGCAUGUAGCAAUCUAUKAUUUCCUUUCUUGUAUUUGUUUCGCAAUCUCGCCUAGGUCUCUUUAGUCUCCUCGCAGCCGUGUUUAGUUUCGGUCACGCGU